AUGAAGAGGAAAGCGGGAGGGGCGUGGAGCGAAAAAGCGGUCGUGGGCGGUGCACACGCACAACGGCCGGCGGAUGUGCCUCCGCACCAGGCCUGGUCCUCCUCUGCUGAGGGCAUGGGCGCUCGAGGCGGGGGCGACCUCCUUCUUGCCCGCCGCGAGAAAAAACUCUUUCUGUCGUCCAAGGUGAGCAAGAUCAGGGCGACGCCUGCAGGCGACCGGCCGCAGAAGCGCAGGAGGAGCGCUGAGGAGGAAGAGGAGGAAACGCUCGACCGCGAACUCCAGGCCAUCACGCGCGAGGUGCUCGACCUGGGAGCCACACAGUUCAAGAGGAAGAAGCAGAAGAGAGCGUACGAGGAGCGCAAGAUAAUCUCACUCGGGGGACAGGCGUCGAAGCCGGAUAAAGUGCCAUACAACAUCCUCAUGGGCAUGAAGAAGAAGCAAAAAGAGCGCGAGCUCAAACGGACUGAGUUGGAUAAGGAGAGGGGUAUGUUCGUGGCCAAGAAGAAGAAGGAGAAUAAGGGCAGCGACCUAAAGAGCUAUCUCAACCAGAUGCGAGGCAACAGGAGGGGUGACGGAGGGGCAGGCUCAGGCGAAAGAGGACUCAAGUGCAGCAAGGGCGUGUUCAAAGACGGCGUGCUCUACGUGAAACCCCCACCAGGCACCACGGAGCGCCAAGACGCCAACAACAACAAGAAGAAACGCUCCUUCUGGCGAAAAAAGCCCACCAAAAGGGGAUGCAACGAAAACGAGUAG